UCCCCUUGCCACCGCCUCUUGCCGGAACCCCGGCGUGCAAUGGAUGACGGUGGCCUCCCCCCGAAUCCCAGCCGCCUGCCGGAAACCGGCGUGCAAUGGCAACUGGGAUUCCUGCCUCCUCGUCCGGGUUCCCCCCUUUCCCUGCCGGAAACGCCGACAUGCAAUGGGAUCGGGGAGGAGACGACCCGGUACUGGUGAGAGGAGCAAGCUCCCCCCUAUCGGCCCCAGCAGCCGGAGGUUUGAAGUCGGGGUACCUCAUCCCCUACCGGCGAAUGGUCUCGGUUCUACCUCGACUCUCGUCGAAGCAGCCGAGACCGGAGUCGCCGGGCUCCCUGACCCCUUUUCAGGGGAAGGGUAGGCUCUUAGUCGGCGAGCGCCCGUCCCGGAAACCGCCGAUGCCUAAAACGGCACUCAGCGGCUUCCAGACAGACGCUCGCCUACAAGCCCCCUCACCACGACAAGGUGGCCUACCGCGAGGGGGAACCUAACCUAACCUAACUUAACCUGACGAUAUCUUUGAUAUUUUUAAGAAUUGAAAAAUUAUGAUACAAUAUAAUCAUGAUAGAAUAAAAGAAGCUCAGAACUUUU